AUGAAGGAUAGGAAGGCGUCAACGAGGCUGGGCACACAUGACUGUGCAUCGGUUUCCUCCAAGCCACCCCUCGAACCCUGCGUGGUACUAACAAUCGAGCCAGGCCUCUAUCUCCCGGACGUUGACCAAGUGCCAAAGCAUCUACGUGGCAUAGGUGUGCGCAUAGAGGAUGACAUUUUGAUCACGGCCGACGGUUACGAGAAUCUAACAGCAGCAGUUCCAGCAGAUGUGGAUGCCCUAGAGGCGUUGAUGGCAGAAGCUAAGGAGCAGAGAUUGGCGGCAUGA